AUGGAAUCAGAAAGCUUAAAAGAUUCAUAUAAUGAUCAAGAAGUUCGUGUAGAAGUCAUUGGAAAAUUAACCGAUGAUUUCAAAGAACAACUGAAGAUGAAAGAACAGAUAAUCAACCAUGAAACGGAACAAUAUGACGACGACGAUGAUGAUGAUGAUGAUGAGGUGGAAGAGGAUGAUGAUGAGGAAGAAGAGUUUUCUUUCGCGUGUGGAAUAGACGCGCCGCCUAUAACAGCUGACGAGGUGUUUUGCAACGGUCAAAUACGUCCACUUUUCCCUUUAUUCAAUCAAAACCUACUUUUAUCUGAUGAAGAUAUAGAAGCUUUGAAAGAACAGUUACCAAUAAGGCCACCAGUAAAGAAUAUAUUUAUACAAACAGAAGAUAACCCUAUUCAUGCAACUUCUUCUUCGUCAAGUGAAGAAAUAGCUGGACCUUGUUGUGAAUGGUCAAAAAAUAAGGCAAUUGAAGCUACUACAAAUGAAGACAGUCCUGAAGGGGUAUGUAAAAAGAGUAAUUCAACUGGAUUUUCAAAGCUAUGGAGAUUCAAAGACUUUCUUCACCGGAGUAACAGUGAUGGAAGAGACACGUUUGUGUUUUUGAACCAUACUACUACUACAAAUACUCCGGCGAAAGCAGAAGAAAAAGUCAAAGUCAAAGUCGACGAGAAAGUAACAGAGAAGAAAAAGAAGAAGAAGGGUGUGAAGAAGAGUGAAGGUGUAUUAGCACAUGAAGCUUACAUGAAGAGUAAAGCUAAGGCUGAAGGCCGGCGAUCGUAUCUUCCUUACAGACCGGAGCUCGUCGGAUUUUUCACAAAUGUUAACGGUGGAUUAACGAAGAACGUGCACCCAUUUUAA